AUGCUCGCGCACGAGCCCGAGACGCACUUCCAGAUGAUGGCCGGGGUUCUCCGAGACAAGAGCCAGAAGUACAAGAAGGAUUGCCUUUCAACUUUGCAUUGGGCGUAUCCCAGAUGCAACCGCCGCCUUCAACAGAUGGUGAACGCCGUGCGCUUUAUGUCCAAGGCCCAAGGCAACUCGAGGCUUGCGAAGUCCAUGACUGAAGAAGACCGCCAGGCGCAGCAGGCCGCGUACGACGCAGCGAUCGCUGACUUGAGCGGAGUCCUCGGCGAGGAUGGCCUCGUCGCCUUGCGGCUCAAGGACAAAAUCCAGGCGUCUCCAUCGUUGAAGAAGGAUCCCGAAGGGACCGUGAAGAAGAUGAUGAGCCUGCUCACCCGGCUGACCAUGGGCUCAGAGGAGGAGAAGGCGGCGGCCAAAGCGGAGGUGGAGAGCAUGCCCUCCUCGUCUCCAGCCUUGAGCCCGGAAGAAGAGGCGGAGGCCGAGGAGAAGGGGAGGCAGCUCCUCGCCGAGGUUCGAGACGUGGAUUCGGACACGGCCCUGGACGAUGCGGAGCUCGUCACCGAGAGCGACGACGAGGAGGGCGCGAGCCUCGCGGAAACGUCCGCCCUGACCCCCGUGAGCGCCUCGGCCCUGGAGGUUCGCCGCUUGGGUGCCAUGCUCUCUUCGGAGCAGCUGGGCUCUGCAGCAUCAUGGGGCAUAG